CUGUCGGAAAAGCUUCGAAUUUACACCAAAAUAAUACUCUGGAAAUAAAUUUCUCUAUUUUUAUAUAAUAAUACAGAAAGGACAGAUCCAUGGAUGAGGACGGAUUGCCAAUAGUAGGAUCCGGGGUGGAUCUUACAAAAGUACCAGCUAUCCAGCAGAAGAGAAUCGUGGCAUAUCUUAAUCAGUUUAUAGUGCACACAGUCCGCUUCCUGAACCGGUUCUCCACCGUCUGCGAAGAAAAAUUGGCCAAUGUAUCCCUUCGUAUCCAACAGAUUGAAACUACGCUUAGCAUUUUGGAAGCAAAGCUUUCCUCCAUACCUGGUCUGGAGGCUGUGACGGUCGAGGCGGCGUGUCCCACGCAAGUGUCAGCCGAUGUCAACGGCUCAGUGAUGAUGUCCAACAGCCAAUUGGAAGAGGCGGCGGCUCGGGCUUCCACUGAGGAGCCAGGAGAACAGCCCGGAACGGAGGCGGCGAAAGAGAGCGUCCUGACCGUCGCCACAGACUCCCGAUACGCCAGAUACCUGAAAAUGGUGCAAGUGGGUGUUCCGGUUAUGGCCAUUAAAAACAAGAUGAUCCAGGAGGGCUUGGACCCCAAUCUGCUGGACACUCCUGACGCCCCUGUGCCCGACGGAGGGAAGGCCUCGCAGGAAGCCGAUGACAGCUCUGACAGCGAAUCAUCUUUCAGCGACUGAACAAUCCGGGACAGGAAGUCCCGCCCGUUUGUAGUGACUCAAAAGGACAAGAGUGGUAUUUUACGGGGAAAAACAUCUUUUAAGCCCUUGGGAUGGCACGGAUCUCACAGCUCAGUGCAGUGAUGUGGGGGUAACACUAAAGCAGGGGUGCGCAACAAGGGCCGAUCCGUUUCAGGAUUUUGUGUCAACCUCUGGUCUUAAGAUACGAUUGAGUCAAUUAAAUAAUUAAUAACAUUAAUAAUCUGACAUGUGCAUGAGUACCGGCUACAGCUGCAGGCUGCAAGUGUAUCCUGAUGAUUUUACUGUGCUCAAGUACAGGCUUGAACCAGGGUCAUUUAUAGAGCCGUCAGCAAAUUAAAAACAAGGCGAUUGGUUGGAACAAAAACCAGUACGCAGACCGGCACUCCAGGACCGGAGUUGUCCGCCGCUGCACUAAAGGAAUGACCCCUAUUUGCACUUUGAUUUUUGAGGACAGGACAGUAACUAUACCAUAUUUUCAUGGCCAAGAGGUGACCAACAUGAGGGAAGUGAAGUGAACAUUGGUUAAUAUACACGAUAGUAAUGGCACCAAAGUUUUAAGCAGCCAAGCUUAAUUUGACCACACAUCCCAAAGUCUGGCAAGUUUGAGGGAAUGUACUGUAUUUCAUAGAAAUUACUAUGGAAAUGUAAUCUGGAUUUCCCCCCACAAGCCCGUGCUCUGGCGAGACGGACUUCUUGUUUGUCUCGUGAUUCGCACCUUCGCCGGAACGUCAAUGUCUUGAGGGAAAUCUCGGCCGAGCGACAUUAGGGCGACAUUAGGUUAACCCCAAUAUAACCCAAUAUUACCCAAAUAAAGCCGAACUAUGUCCUAGCUGGCCAGAAAACGUUCACUUUUCAAAUGCUACCGGGUUUUCACCCGAAUCACGAAUACCUAGGCAGUGUUUCAUCGACUUUUCAGUACAGAAAUAUUCACAAUUUAAAUUAAGAGUUAAGUGUUAAGUGGUAAGUCUGUUAAGUGGGCUCAAGAACUAUUGGCACCCCUCACCAGCAAUGCACAAACAAAAAAUAAAGAAUAAUAUAAUUAUAGAGAAAGGUAAUACACCAACAUGUGCCAAGUACUGUACUUUAUUAAUGUUUCAAUGGAAACAACCAAAAUCAUAACAAUCAUUUAAUAAAAAAUAAAUUUCAACAAAAUCAAGGUUUCAGAAUUAUUGGCACCCUUCACCUAGUACUGAGUGCAACCACCUCUGGCAAGGAUAACAGCAUGGAGUCUCUUCCUGUAAUUUUUGACAAGAUUAAGGAACACAUUUGGAGGGAUUUUGGACCAUUCCUCUUUGCAUAUCCUUUCAAGAUCCUUCACGUUCUUGGGUUUGUGCUUAUCAACUGACCUCUUCAACUCAGCCCACAGGUUUUCGAUUGGAUUGAGGUCUGGUGACUGAGAUGGUCAUUGCAGAACGUUGAUUUUGUUGUCACGGAACCAUUUCUGUGUGGAUCUUGAGGUGUGUUUUGGGUCAUUGUCUUGUUGGAAAGUCCACCUACGACCAAGUCCCAGACUUCUGGCAGAGGGAACCAGAUUUUCUGCCAAAAUUGCCUGAUACUUGCUGGAAUUCAUUAUGCCAUCAAUCCUAACCAGUGCCCCUGGACCUCUGGAAUUAAAACAGCCCCAAAACAUGACUGACCUACCACCAUAUUUCACUGUGGGUAUGAGGUACUUCUCCUUGUAUGCAUCUCUGUUCCUACGCCAAACAUACCGAAGCUGUAUCUGACCAAAACGUUCAAUUUUGGUCUCAUCUGACCAGAGAACCUUGUUCCAGUCAUAAUGUAAAUGAUGUUUGGUGAACUCCAAGUGCUUUCUUCUGUGUCUUGUGGUCAGAAAAGGCUUUCUUCUGGCAACCCUUCCAAUGAGGUUGUGGUUAUGGAGGUGGCGUCUGAUGGUGCUUUUUGAAACCUGGUGACCCCAAGAUGCCACCAAGGCCUGCAAUUCUUUCACUGUGAUCCUUGGGGAUUUUGUUGCUUCUCUCACCAUUCUCCUCAGUAUCCUGGGGGGCAAAAUGCAGUUGCGUCCUCUACCCAUGAGAUUUUCAACAGUUCCAUAUCUUUUGAACUUUUUUAUAAUUGCUCUGACAGUGCUCAGUGGUAUAUUCAAUCGUUUGUGAAUUUUCUUGUAGCCAUUACCACGUUUAUGAAGGUCUACGACCAUCUGCCUCUUUUGAACUGCCAAUUCUUUUGUUUUCUUCAUGGUGUUGGAUGACAAAGGGAUAUUGCGUGUGUGUUACCUCAUUUUUAUACCCUAGUGAAACAGGAAGUGAUGUAAUCACUCAAUACAGUUCCUUCACUCAUAGAUAAACUUAAAUAAGUGGAAUUUAAUACCUGGUUUAAUUUUGGUAGGUGUUAUUUACAAUAAUCUUUAAGGGUGCCAAUAAUUGUGAAACAUUGAUUUGGAGGAAAUUGAUUUUUAAUUAAAUCAGUAAAUGAUUUUUGUUGGUUCCAUUGAAACAUUAAUAUAGCACAGUAUUUAUCACAUGUUGGUAUUUCGAGUUUGUCUAUAAAUAUAUUGUUUAGAAUUUGUUUGAGUAUAGUUUGUUCAUUUUCUGUCAGGGGUGCCAAUAAUUUUUGAGCCCACUGUAAGUAGUUCAGAGUCAGUUAUUUCUGUGUAGCCACAGCCACAGCUGUUUGGAUGGGGAGGGUGUGGUGGUGUUGUCCAUUUCAUGUGAAUUUUGUGAUUCCCCCACCCCCACCCUUUUUGGAAAUGUGCAUAUUGCAACACAACUAACACUUAUUCUUUACUAUGAAGCACAUUUUGCUGUGGUCCUGAAUUUCCUUAUAAGAGAUAAACAGUCACAGUGCUUUUAAAACCAGUACGGAGGGGUCGAUAACAUACACUCACAUAUAGCUCUUUUAAUGUGUCUUUUCUACUGCUUUUAAGUGUGUGUAAUAUAGGUCAAUAAAUAAAAAGGCAUAAUACAUACAAUAAA